AUGAUUUGUCAAGUUUCGAGUCAGUUUUCUCUCCUCAUGUUAUUGUUUCUGAUGGUAAUGCUCACAAAAGAAUGUGAUAUCGAAAUUCGAUUAAAAUCUAGAGCUGAAGAACCAUUCCAAUUUCAUUUUUCGUCAGAAUCUGCAAGAUAUUGGAGUGAUCGAAUUGUUGUAACAGGAAAAACUGUUAUGAGAUCGAAUGGUUCACUCAGUAAUUAUCAUGUUUUUCAUGUAAAAGGUUCACAAUGUGGCGAGAAGAACUGGCAUUUCUUUGUAUGGGGAUUGAAAGGGAAAAGUACUUUAUUAUCACCGAUAUGGAAAAUUAUUGAUCAUAAAAAAUUAAAAAUGGAAAGCUUACCGUUGGAAGCAUUGAAGUUGCAACCAUUUGUAGAUGUCAUUGUGAAGAAAAAUUUAAAAGCAUCCAUUGGACCACGAUUUGGUGUUUCAUUAUGUGAACAUUGUUAA